AUGAGAAUUUCUGGCUUUUCCAUUUUUUCCAUUUUACUUUUAAAUUUAUUUUUUUACAAAAAUGUUGCUCAAGGCAACAUUGUGACCCAUGAGGCAUCUCCCAGUUUUAGGAAUGGCAACUCAAAUAAUAAAAGUAGUGAACAUAGUAGGAAGAAAUUAAAGAAACGAAAUGAAAAACAUAAGAAUGUUCGUACUUCCACUAGGUCUAAUCAAGAAAUGGUACUCGGUUCCACAGGCACACAGAGCUUAGGAAGUUCAAAUCAAGCAGCUCAAAAUAAUGCGAUACAAGGACAAAGUAAUGAUUCUACAAGUCAAAGCGCAACACCCAGUUUAACUGGCAUGUUUGCGCGAUUAUUUUUAAAUACAAUAGUAAAACCAGCAGUAAAUUUUGUCAUUGGAGGAGAAGCAGUAUUUCCACCUCCUUCAGCCGCACAAUCGACACCAGCUGCUCCUGCGCCGGUUAGCGCAGAAGCACAAACCACAGUUACUAACAAUAGACGAUUCAGGAUAGAACUUGAUAGCCAGUCCCAAACCUCCAUGCAUGACGUAACGGAAGAAGUUCAUGAAGAACAAUAUGAUAGUGAAUCUGAAGAUGAUGAUGAAGAAAGUGAUGAUGAAAGUGAAAGCGAAAGUGAUGACGAUGACGAAGAACUUCAUGAAGAUAGUGAUGAGGAAACUCCAUACAAUGGUGAAGGAGGUGCAAUAAAUUAUAUUUCCAAAGAAGGUUUGAAUCCUUUAUUAAAUGAUGAAAUAAUACAUAUGACGCAUGUACAUGAGUAUACAGAUGUUGACGAAAAAAAAGAAAAAAUUGAAGAUUUCGUGCAAUAUAUGAAAGAUUCGUUGGACGAAAAUGAAGAAUUUGUUCAUAUACUUAAUAAUAUUUCAGAUGACAUGACUAUGUAUCUACAAGAAUGA